AUGCCUCCAGGUAUCUCAUCCAUCCCAAUCCAUCCCAUCCCUCCACCGAGCAAUGCAGACCUGACCCAUGGCCAGCGCCACAUCAACCCACGCGCAUCUCUCUCCUCCACGACCUCCAAGUCUGCCUCCCCAUCCAGCCCUAGGUGCAAUGGGGCCGCGAAGGCUCCGCUUGUGGCGUCCGCAUCUUCUCUACGUGCCUCGCGCUUGUAUUCUACGGAGUCCGCGGUCUCUCGCCUGGCAAGGAGCGCGACUGCUCCUGGAGCUUCAGCCGAAACUUAUAUCGCUUAUGGCAUGACCCAGAAGCUCUUCGAGGCGUGCUCAAGCCAGGCGGAUUAUAAGGUUCCCCAGGCUUCGCAGAAGGGCGUGCCCGUGCCAACGACCGAGUCCGGCGAGCAUUUGGGUGUUUCCGAGAGCUGGUGGUAUAAAGGUGCCCCGUUACAAUAUCCGAUUAUUCGAUACUUCACAUGGAAUAUGGCGGGAUAUUGGAAUACCGGACCCGGUAUCAGUGCGAUAGCGAUCACUAACCCUCUCAACCACUCUACAGAACUCGGCCUCGUCCCAACAUUCUCCACCUGGUCCCAAAUCACCUUCCUGCACAUGUACCUCCUCACCGUGCGCCUGCGCGCCCUCCCCAACCGCGAAUCCUUCCAGACCUACUCCCGCCACCUGAUCGACCACUUCUCGCACAAUGCGGAGCACCGCAUGGACGUCCUGCAUGACCUCGGCAGCCGCGGCAUCCGCAACAAGUACUUGAAGGACCUCUUCAUCCAAUGGCGGGGGAUCAUUGCCGCCUACGACGAGGGCCUAAUUAAGGGCGAUGCCGUGCUGGGCGCGGCUGUCUGGAGGAAUUUGUGGAAGGCGAGUGCUACGGGCCCCGAUGGGGGCGAGAUUGACUGGAGCAAGGUUGCUUGGGUCGUGGCUUAUAUGCGUCGCGUGACGGCCCAGUUGGCGAGGAUGGAUGAGGCGGAUAUUGUUUUUGAGUUGAGUGGUGCUGCGGCGAAGGACUCGAAGAUCUUUGGGUUCUCGCCGCUUGAUGGGAAGCUGGUGGAUGGAUCGAAGUGA